AAAGAGGGGGAGCCAGCCUAAGAGAAGAGUGGGAAGAAGGAUGGACCCUUGAAGCAGCCUGCACAGAGCGAGCCGGAGCGUGCACAGUGAGGCAAGCCGAACGAGAAGCCACCUCGAACGGACUGGAGCGCAGGAGAGGAACCGGUGACGGGUGGGGGGGAUUUUUUUUUUUUUUCUUUUUUAAUUUUUUUUCCCCCCUCUCCUUCCUCAAAGUACGACUUUCCGAUGCUUCUCCAAUGGGUGACUUUGCACGGUGCCUCGUGAGGAACAGAUGAUGAAGAAUUACAGCGGCAGUCCGCCUCACAGCAACAGCCAGAGCCCCCAGUUAGCCCACUUCAGGGACCACCGUAACCACCACAAGUUGUGCUCGCUCGCCUCCAUUCCUUGGCGCUUGCCCCUCCGAGCGUAUGGAUUCUGCAUGGCGGCGCUCUUCGUCUUCUGCCUGUCGUCCCUCUUCUACCAGCUCAACGGAGGACCCCCCCGAGUCCUGCUGGACAUUCGACAAUACCUCGGGUCAUCUACGUACGAGGAUGACCACGGACCUCCUGCUCCAAGAGUCCUCCCGUUCCCAAGUCAGGUGGUGUACAACCGCGUGGGAAAAUGCGGCAGCCGCACAGUCGUCAUCCUGCUGCGUUUACUGGCCGAGAAGCAUCGCUUCAACUUGAUCUCAUCCGACAUUCACAAUAAAACGCGGCUCACCAAACACGAGCAGGUGGAUCUUAUGAAGAACAUCAGUAAUAUCCCUCAGCCCUUCCUCUACACACGUCAUGUUCACUUCCUCAACUUCAGCAGGUUCAAGAUCGAGGAGCCCGUCUACAUCAACAUCAUCCGCGACCCCAUCAACCGCUUCCUGUCCAACUACUUCUUCCGUCGCUUCGGCGACUGGAGGGGCGAGCAGAAUCAUCUCAUCCGCACUCCGCAGAUGACAGAUGACGAGAGAUAUCUGGACAUAAACGUGUGCAUUCUGGAGAAUUACCCAGAGUGCUCCAAUCCCAGAGUCUUCUACAUCAUCCCGUACUUUUGCGGGCAGCACCCGAAAUGCAGAGAGCCAGGCCCAUGGGCUCUGGAGCGGGCCAAACAGAAUGUACUGGAGAAUUACCUGCUGGUGGGUAUCUUGGAGGAGCUUGAAGACGUGCUGCUCCUGUUGGAGAGGCUGCUGCCACACUAUUUUACCGGAGUGAUCAACAUCUACAAAAGCCCCGAUCACAGGAGGAUGGGCAACAUGACGGGCACGGUACGUAAGCACACGCCCACCCUGGAAGCGCUGCAGGUGCUCUACCACCGCAUGCGCUACGAGUACCAAUUCUACAACUUCAUCCGGGACCAGUUCCACCUGACCAAGAAGAAAAUCGGCCUCAAAACGGAUGCCCACCAGCCGGCCUACUCGCUCGACUUUCUCCGGGAGCUAGACCUCCGGACCCCCGAGCCCCUGGACGAGGACGAAGAGCUGGACACGGAUAUGGAGGACGCAAACAACUGGCUCAUCCAUCAAUAAACACGUUUGUUUUUGACAGCAGUUGCACGCUUGCCCCCUCCCUCCAUGGAGACGGCGGCCUGAAGGCGAUGACAGUUAUGAAGGUGAGGUGCAGACUUGCGGACGGGCUCAGCGCUGGGGACGACUCGGAUGGAGGUUAUUUAAACGUUGACUGAAGAUCACGAGGACUAACGCUUAACUCGGUUCUACAUGAAGCAAGGCUUUCCUUCUUUGUGUUUGUUUUCCCACGUCGCUCUUCAGCGGUUAUUGCUGCAUUCUCCAGGAGAGAUGAAGCACCGGGCUGUGGAGACGUAGACUGGGGCUGCACAAGAAUAGCCGUAAAAGAUAACAAGGUACAUCAUGGUAAGAGUUGAUAUCUGUUUAUGUAUUAGGAAAAAAAAACAAAGCUGAGAAGCCAAACAUGAAGAGUGCCAAAAUUGUUUUACGCUACUCACAUAUCGAAACAGGAAGCUGUAUCCAAGUGCGUUUCCACCGAGCGACACAGUUUGAUUCAGUUCCGUGCGGUACAGUUUUUUUUUUUCCAAACAGUUGUGCUACAAAACCUGAAGCAGAUUCAGCCAAAAUCAAACUGUACCGCUUGGUAGAAACGUAACUAUGAUUGAUUUGUGCGUUUUGUUAAAAGAUGUUAUCUUUGUUAGGAAAGGUAUAAAUGAGGGUUAAAGCGUAUGCACUCCAUUAUGAAUUCAAAGAAUUCCAGCAAAGUGCGCAAGUAUGACUGAGUUUGACUGAAGUAGCUUAGCAGAGAUUUAGUUUGCUUUCACUUUGUUGGGACUUGAAGUUGGCCAGAGUUAUUGGUUAGAUUUUCCCGUUCAAAGUUGAAAAAUAUCGAUACAAGAAAUUCCAGCGCAAAACAAAAUUAAAAACCUUGAAGUUGAGGGUACCUGCUGCAAAAUACUUUUUGCUUUGAAGUCCUUAUUUUGUUACGAGAGGAGCUGUGAUUGUACAAGAAAAGAUGUCAUGAGAUAACAGGCAAUUGCAAAUGGAAAAUCUGAUAUUUAUAUUUUUUUAAGAAAAUAAAAUCUCUUAUAGAACAUGUAAAAUUUUUAAAUAGUUUUACCCCUCCCACACACUUUAAACACAUUUAAACUUGUCAAAACACACUUCAACCUAUAGUAUUAAAACGCACUUUUUAAAGUAUUCCUUAGCACCUCUCUUGCUGUCAAGAAAUGGGAGACUAUAUUGUAUAAUAUCACUUUGACUCGCUCACAGUGCAUUAAAUAAGAGGUCAAGCCUGCUUGCUUCAAGCUUUUUGUUUGUCACUCCCAGAAGUUGAAGUUUACUACAGUAUGUUAGCUCAAUAUAAUGCAAAAUGCUAUAGACAGGCUAACAGACAUUAGCAUCAAGGAUACGGUAAAUGUAAACAACUGUUACAUACACAAACAGUGAAUACAACAAUACUCAGUCUUAUAAUCUCUUUACACUGUGGGAACGACUAAAAGUUUGAACUAACACAGAAUUGUUUGUAUAUCUGAAAUGUUCUUAAGUAGAGCAGUGCCUGUAUACUGUAAAAAACAAAACAAAAAAAAACAUCGCUUUAAAACCAUCAGGAUAUAUAGCGACUCCCACCAGCAGCUAAACAAAAUAUUCCUUCACAUUUACAAUAACCUUGAAUAAUAACUGCGCUCGGUCGGUCCUAUCCUAAAGUUGUCCUGCUUUGUGUUCACCUUUCUUUUAAUUUAUUGUUCUUAUUUUCUAUUCAUUUCUAUGCAUUCCGCAUCCAUUUCUCAGGAAGGAAAGACAAAACUGUUGUAAUAAUAAUUGUAUCAUUUCCAAAAUGGCGGCUACGAAAAAAAUCCCAGCAUUUCACGGGAAGCCUUUGGAUGAGUUGGUGUUAAAAAAAAGGCAACAUUUUACACUCUUCCAAAAUAAACUUCCUCAGAAUAAAA